CACACACACACACACAAAGCUCCGCCUACUGAACCGUCGAGAAGAGGAAGAGUCACUGAAGAGAAGCAGAGUCUCCGAGGAAGUUUCUCUUGAAGUUUUUAAGAGAAAGUUUGUACUUUUUAACCAUGGCGUGUGAAAGUAACAGCGUGUCUGAUGAGAGGAUAGGAGAGGCCCUGAUCAAAGAGGUCAUUGAGGAGGAGCUGAAACACAUACCCUCAGAGGACGUCCUGUCCUUCACCCUCCCUGCUGUGGAACUAAAGAAUGAGCAGGAGGACAAGUUUGUGGACCAGCUGGGCACAUUGGUCCGCAAAAUUGGUGACAAAAUAAAGGAUGACGUGGAGAUCCAAGAUGGAAUAGAUGGGCUUGCACAAGGCUUCAAGUGGAACAGAUUUAUGGAAAUGGCAGACAAGGCGUUUGAGCAUGGAAUCACCUGGGAGAAGAUUGCUAUUCUCUUCUAUAUUGCCGGCAAGUUGGCAGUCAAAAUGGUGGAGGCUCAUCUGCCUCAGUCAGUGGUGGAGAUACUGAAGUGGACCGUGGACUAUUUCAAAAAGUAUCUCUUGGGCUGGAUUCGGGGACGAGGAGGAUGGAUCUGCAGUUUCUCAGAACUGGCGGUGGCGUCCGUGCAGACCGCGUCAUCCAUGAGCUCUCACAGAGGAGGCCUUAUCAUCACCUUCUUCACCGGCAUAGCUCUCGGAAGCUUCAUCAGCUGGAGACUGACCAGAUGACUCUGAGGCGCACCUUGUUGCCGUAAAGAUGGUUAUUUUCCCCUCUAUUUUUUUUUACAAUUUCUCUGCAAAACUUGAAAACUUGAGGGUGCCAGUAGAGCCAGAAACAGUCAAAUCUGAAGCAGACAAACAUCCUAUGGAAACACACCACCCACUGUGUGUGAAUGUAGCUGUGUGGCUCCCCUCUGUCCUCCUGCCUUCUUUCCUGUUUACCAUCUCUUCAUCAUGGCACUGCUGUAAAUUUUGUUUACAAUGUUUGCAAUGUUAUGAGGUUCUCUGUUUAAACCUUUUAAUUGAACACUGCUCUGUGCUGUUUGUUUUCUGUUGGGAUAGUCAUUGCUGAAUUAAACUGGAAAUUUCAACUUCCUAGGGCAGAACUUAUUCUAAACUUGCCUGUUGCUAUGGUGCAGUUGGAAAAUGUACAAAAAAACAGGUUCAUCCUACCUAGUUUAUCUGUAAUGAAGAUUAUAUAAUCACUAUUUUCCAUAAAAUGAAACUGAUUUUUGCUUUAUUACUGUUCACGUGUGUGGCUUAUAUAUCUUGAAUGAUUUACGGAACUGCUGUUAUUUUCCAUACAUUGCAUGAAUGCUAUUUCAUUGGUCUGUUACACAACAGACAUAAUAUUCAGACCACUUUUCAAAUUAAAAGCUCUGUAAUUAAAAUCAAUAUGGAACAUUACAGCAACCAAAGGGAUGUUGUGCUUUUACUUUGAUUGAAAUCAUCACCUUUGCUGUGUUUCUGUUUCUCAGGCUGAGAUUUCCUUUCCAAUGGUCUCUUUUUUAUUCAAUUAUUUACAUUGAAUGUAUCGUUUUUCCAAAUUGCACCAAUCUCAGCACUGCACUAUUUCAGUUAAUUUACAAUUCACAUACAAAGAUGUGAUGUUAUCAGUGUCUUGAUUCUUUGAGUAUGAUAACAAAGUUAAGGUUUUUUAUAACCAUAUUUAAUCAUAAAGAUAAAACAGAAAUGCUUGAGAGCAGAUUUGGAAUAAUGUCGUUAUAGAGGUAAGGCCAUUUAGCCUUAGCUGACACGAAAAAUGUAACAUUGUGCAGGGGGGAGUGGAGGGGGACAUCAAAGUGCAAUAGUCUGGGGCAUGUGUGUGCGUGAAAGAUGUGAGAUGGGUACAGUAAACUGUGAAUGUGUAGUGUGUGGAGCCCUUUGAGCCGUUGAUAACAAGCUGUUGAUAAAAGUGCUAUAUACAUGCA